ACGCUUGGAGAUGAAGCAACAGGACAAGAUAAAGGAGAUGGAAAGGAAGAAACAGGAAAACAAGAAAAAUAAAGUUGAAACCAUGAAUCGCAAGAAAAUGCUUCGCAAGGCAUACAGGAGCAGGGCAAAGAAAAGAAAAGCAACCUUUGAGAGUGACAAUGAAGACUCACCCAGCCUCUAUGACUCGGAGAAUAACCUUUCUGAGGACUCGGCACCAGAGCAGCCAAACCAAGUUGUCAAGGUGGAAGUGAACCCAAGACCAAGACUUAGAGGGCGGCAGCCAAAGAGGCGAAACUCCUUGGUGAUCAGUGAAGUGACUGUUACAAUGGAAACUGUGAAAUAUGACAAGCCAGCAGAACAGACAAUAGAAGAAUCUGAAGCAUCUCAAAAAAGCAAACCACCCUCCCCAGGGGCAGGAGAACCCAUCAAGGGUGAUGACCACAAUCCUCAGGAGGACCCACAACAAAGCAGGUUGCCAGAGUGCAUCACCCUGGAGAUGGGUGAUGAACAUGUUUCCAGGGAAGAACAGAGAGAUGAAGAUGAAAUGACCAUGCUCGAGUACUAUGAUCCUGUGAAUGAAGGACUGCCGGAAAGCAACAUUAUUGAGAGCAUAAUCUCGGAUAAUGAUGAAACCAACCCAGAUAUCAACCAGAUGGAUGACUUGGAGGACAAUGUUCCCAGCAGGAAUGAGGCCAGGUCUGGUGAUGAGGAUGGGGGUGCCUUGAGUGGCGAGACCACCACUGUUCUGGAACCUUAUACCCCUGCAGUAGAACCUGCAGCAGAACCAGCAUGUGAGGACGACAACCAGAAGAUGUGGCACUUCCCCAUCUCAGCCAUCCAGACUCUGGAGGACGGCCAGCAGGUCAUCCCUGUGCCCACCCCCAAUGGGCAUUAUAGUGUGCCAGUGCCAAUACUGCCCCCAGGCACCUCCAAUGUGGUGGUGGUGGCCACGAACAUGCCAGACUGCCCCGGGGAACACAUUUAUCAUGUUUACGUUGUGUCUCCUCUUGAGGCUGUGGACUCUUCCUAGUGCAGCAUCACCGCCUCAGGGGCAGGGUGGGGGUGGCGUGCAGCUCAGCUCAAUCCCACACCAUCACCAAGUAUUGCAGAGGCGCUGCUGUACAGAUCUGGUGAUGAAUUCAAAAUGUGAUAUUAAAACAUAAGUAUUUUUACUUUGUAUAGAGAAGCAAGCUUUGCCUAGCUAGCAAUAUCAAAUGUAAUAUUGUAUAAAAGGAGCAUGUUUAAAAGUAAAGUAAUUAAUGUUUUAAAACUUAAGCUGCCAUAUUUUAUUUAUUGUAGUCUCAGGUAAGUAUGGGUUGGUGUUACAAUGAGAGGGUGCAAAGACUUACAGAAGAGAAAAUCAAUGAAGAACAAGGAGGCUUCAGGAAGGGAAGGGGAUGUGUAGAUCAGAUAUUUGCCUUCGGGAUGGUAGUAGAAAAAAUAUUAGCAAAAGGAAAGAAACUAUACGCUGCCUUCAUUGAUUUGGAAAAAGCUUAUGACAGAGUCGAUUGGAUUGCAUUGUGGGAUGUUUUAAAGAUAUAUGGUGUGGGAGGAAAACUGCUUAGUGCAAUAAAGUCUUUCUAUGAGGAUGCAUCUGCAUGUGUCAAAAUUAGUGGAGAAACAAGUGAACAUUUUGAAAUAAAAGUGGGCUCAUGGGCUUAAGGCAGGGGUGUGUCAUGUCACCAUGGUUGUUCAAUAUUUAUAUGGAUGGUGUUUUUAGAGAAAUGAAGGGGGAAGUUGGAGUAAAAAUGUACGCUGAGGGACGGAAGUCGGUGCUGAAUUAAAUCUUAUUUGCUGAUGACAGUGCUCAUUGCAGAAAAUGAAAGUGACUAACAAAAUUUGGUCAGUGUUUUUGAUAGUGUAUGCAAAAGGAGAAAGCUGAAAGUAAAUGUCAACAAAAGUAAAGUGAUGCUUGUGAGCAGAGUAGAAGUGAGGUUGUGGAUUUUGUAUGCCCAUAUAGAGUGGGAAUUGAAUGUGAAAAAAAUGCAAAAUAAUUUUGAAUAGUGAAGAAAUGGAGGAGGUCAGUGGGUUUAAGUACCUUGGAUCAGUUAUGUGUAAACAUGGUGGUAUGGAGGGAGAGAUAAGAGAAAGGGCAUUGCGAGGAAGAAGGGUGGUAGGGUCUUUGGGACGAAUCAUGAAUGGCAGAAGUGUGAGCAUGGAGGUAAAGAGGGAUUUGAGAAAUACAAUAAUAGUACCAACCCUCACAUAUGCAAGUGAAAUGUGGGCCUGGAAUGAAAGUCAGGUCUAGAGUGCAGGCAGUGGAAAUGAGUUAUUUGAGGAGUGCUUGUGGUGUGAGUAGAAUGGAUGGAAUGAGUAAUGAAAGUGUGUAUGAGCGUUUUGGAAUGUGUCACGAGGGUGAAAGGAAGAAGUGUGGAGUGGUGGAAGAGGUGAAGCGACAGACUUUAUGUAUGCAAGUGAGAUAGAGGGAGGGAAUGUUAGAGGACUACCUCCAGUGAAAUGGAGAGAGAGGGUGCAAGACUACGUUAGGGAGAGGGGGGAAAAGAUCCUUGAGAAACUUUAAGCAGGCAAGGAAGGAGUGUCUGGAUAGAGAAAGUUGGAAACUCUUAUUUCUUGGCCAUCACCUGGUGUAGUUCCUAGGAGCAGGCGUCGAUGAAAUGAUGAUAAAUGGUGUUACAAUGGUAUGAGUGUUACUCACAUUCAGGACCAAGUUUUCCUUUCAGGCAUGCUGAAGGGUUUGCCAACUUCUUGCCCCACUGGAAGUCUCAAGUACUUAUUGAAGCUAGUCACUUUUUAAUGGGAAGUCCUUGAGUUUUAUUUGCAGACCACACAGCCUGAAAGGAAGAGUAUAUUGUGAGAACAGUUUGGUUUGGGGGGAUUUGGAGAAUAAGUACUCUGGAAUCAUUUUGUAUAUUAACCGAUACAACAUAUGUAUUGACAUGUAGUGCUGACUGUGCAUACAGAAGUAAUAUAUGUUAUUGACAUGU